AUGACCCAACAAAGCAUUCGUCGCGCGGACCCGCCGCUAUCAGAUAGCAUUUUCAAAAUGUUUCAGAUGCACGGAAAGGUUGUCAUCAUCACAGGUGGCACAGGUGGAAUUGGCUACGAAAUAGGUGAGGAGUUGGCCUACUCACUUGAGAAGGAAUUCGGAGUCAAGGCAAAAUCUUACCAGUGCGCAGUGCAAAACUUUGAAGAGGUACAAGCCUGUACCGAUGCCGUUGUCCGUGACUUUGGCCAUCUCGAUGUUAUGAUUGCGAAUGCGGGGAUUCCCUCCAAGGCUGGAGCUCUGGAUGAUAAGCUGGAAGACUGGCAUCGGGUAGUUGAUGUGGACUUCUCCGGCGCUUACUACUGUGCUCGUACUGCUGGUCAAAUUUUCAGGAAGCAGGGAUCAGGCAACUUGAUCUUCACAUCCUCCAUGUCGGGUCAUGCGGUCAAUUAUCCACAGAAACAGGCAUGUUAUAAUGCUUGCAAAGCAGGUGUCAGUCAUUUGGCGAAGUCACUAGCUGUGGAGUGGGCUGAUUUCGCGCGAGUCAACUGUGUUAGCCCCGGCUACGUUGACACUCCUAUGAGUGGUGACUGUGCGUUUGAGAUGAAGGAAGAGUGGUAUGGUCUAACACCUAUUGAAAGAGAUUGCGACCCGCGAGAGCUGAAAGGAGCUUAUCUUUACCUGGCGAGCGACGCAAGCACUUAUACGACCGGAGCAGACAUAGUGGUUGAUGGAGGUUAUACCUGUCGAUGA